AUGGCAACUAAUGUUGACAUUAGUGACUCAAAGCUUUGGCCUGAUUUUGUAACUAAAGCUUUCAUUGACAUUAUGGUUGUUGAAGUUACAAAAGGAAAUAUGCCAAAUGGUGUGUUUCAUAAUAGAACAUGGACCUCAAUGACUACUAAGUUGAGUUCCAUAACUAAUCGAUCAUUUAACGCCGGACAACUAAAGGCAAAAAUGCAUAGGUUGCGGGCCAUGUAUCGUAAGUUCUAUUCACUCUUGCAAAAUACCGGAUUUGGGUGGAACGCAGAAACAAACACAGUUACUGCAAGUGAAGAGGUCUGGAGAAAUUAUCUUAAGGUACAUGAUAAAGCUUCUCAAUUUCAAAAGAAAGGGUGUGAUCAUUAUAAGUUGUUGGAAAUCAUAUUCAACAAAAAUAAUGCAACUGGAGUACUUCAUCAUUCAUCUACUCAAGACCCUCCAAAUACAGAUGAAGAAAAUGAGCUUGACAAUCAAUACCUUAACAAUGGGAGUGCGAGUCAUGUAUGUGUUAAUGAUGAUAGUUCAGACGAUGAUCUACAUGAAGUUGAGCACAUCACACGUAGUGGAAAGAGACAAGUUCAAGUACGAUCCAAGAAUGAGUCUACAUCACAUAUGAUGGGAGAGGUACUUUCGGCAUGGGCUAAAGCAUCUUUGGCAAAAGCUGAGAGGUAUAGGGAUAGGAGUGUGGAGGCUACUUCACGUGUAACAUCAGACUGCUCUCUUACUAAGUGUGUGACUGUUCUGGAUGAGAUGGAAGACAUUCCACAUGAUGCAUAUGGAAAAGCUUUAGAAAAGUUUAUGAAUCCUAAUUGGAGAGAAGUGUUCAUCGCCAUGUCUGUUGAGAGGAAACGUGGAUGGGUUCUAACCAGAAUUGAUAUUGAUGAAAGUGAUGAUUAUACUUUUGAUGCAAGUGAUGAUGAAUUCACAGAAUUUAUCUUUAAUAGUAUGAUUUAUAAUUAUCAUCAUAAAUACUUUAACAAAGCAAAGGUGUUGACAUCUUCGUUGACUGGUCGUGAGUUUGUUACUGAAGUUAAGCCAAUGCUUCAAAAGAUCACUCAGUUUUGA